AUGGCCACUCCGAAGACCUGGAAGUCCCCUCUUACUGGCUACGAGAACGCUGAACCUCUCCCAGACACUCGCCACGAGGACGGCAAGUCCUUCAACCCUCCUGCGCCGCUUUCGAAGGCGUACGAAUCCGUCACCGAACCGACCCUACCGAUGUCUAAGAACGGAUUCGCCUUCCACAUCUACUUCAUGCAGAGCAAGCCGUCAGAAGUCAAGUACGCUCACGAGCUCCAUGAGCGUAUUCGGCGCGAAUUCCCGGAGUUAAGGAUCUACCAAGUCUGGGAGAAGCCCGUCGGCACAUAA